AUGCCGAUUCGUGUGUUUUUGAGGGACUCCCCUCGACGUGCCUUAGCGCUUGCCACCGACACUCAUGUUCUCAUAUUCCGGCAUAGUCCGACCAGCAUCAACGCAAAACAUGGCUCCUCGACCUCCGUCAACGAUGGUGCGACGCCACGAUGUAUUGUGGAGUUUUCGCCAUGGGAGGGCCUGGAUAUGGAUGGCUACCGUACGCUUUCUUCCCUCUCGGUCCAGGGCACUCUAGGUCUGGUUACACUUAACAACAAUGUCUUCCUGUGUGUCGUUAACGGUUCUACGAAAGUCUCCACUGUGCGACCGGGAGAGACGAUUCAGCGGAUCUUGAGUGUGGAGUUUCAUUGCUUGAACUCGAGCAACUACGAUCAUCUACUACACGAUCAGGUCAACCCGUUUCCGACCGAUGGUCUGGAUGCCGAUGGAUACGAUCACGGUGGCUAUCGCGAGCCAAUGCUUGAGCACCCUUGCAUGGCAUUGAAGAAGCUGCUCAGUGGUGGAAGUUUCUACUACAGCGCAGAUUUGGAUCUGACGAAGCGUCUUCAAGAUCGGCCGACCGAAGCAAGCACUAUCGCCAUAGACAGUUUGGAUGCUGGCUUCUUGUGGAACACGUACAUGAUCCAGCCGCUCGUGGACUUCCGAUCGAGGUUAUCUCCACGAGAGAGACAGGCCCUGGAUGACUCGAGGAUCCUGACCAGUACCAUUCGAGGUUUUGCGCAAACGAUAACAGUGCCGGCUGCGAGCUCGCCGCUAAGGGUCAAGAACACGGGCAUGCCGUCAACCAUGACUUUGAUAUCAAGACUAUCGUGCCGGAGAGCAGGAACCAGAUUCAACUCGCGCGGUAUCGACGACGACGGGAAUGUGGCAAAUUUCGUCGAGACAGAGACCAUAUUCGCCACAGACAGCAUGACCUUCUCAUAUGUUCAGGUGCGUGGCAGCGUGCCUCUGUUCUGGGAGCAAUCUGCUGGACUGCCCGGUCAACAGAAGAUACAGGUCACGAGAUCAGUCGAAGCCACGCAGCCAGCGUUCGAUAAGCACUUUCAGAGAUUGAUGGAGAACUAUGGUGACGUGGUUGUGGUGAAUCUUUUGAGCGAAGAGAAGUCUCAAGAGAUCAUGUUAACUCAACAGUACCUGCGGCACAUUGAGCACAGCUCGCUCAAUCAUACUGUCUCGAAGGAUGAUGAAUCGGCUCAUAAACAUGUUACUGCUGUAAAUUACGACUUUCACGCCGAGACCAGGGGCCCUAAUGGAUAUGAUGCUGCCAGUGGCAUUCAACGUUGGAUUGAGCCGACUGCCAUGGCUUUUGAGUACUUCCUCUCCGAGGACAUGGUUGAGAAGAUCCAGCGGAAUGGCAAAGAGGUUUCGGUGGUCGGUCGCAACGACGUCCUCAAGCAAGCGGGUGUCUUCAGGACAAAUUGCCUCGACUGCCUUGAUCGUACGAAUCUGAUACAGACUAUCAUCUCGAAGAUUGCCUUCAGCCUCUUUCUCUUCCAGCAAGCCAAUGUCAGUCCGACGUCUGACUUCUGGGCGAGACACGGCACACUCUGGGCCGAUAAUGGUGAUCAGUUAAGCAAGAUCUAUGCUGGGACUGGAGCGCUGAAGUCAUCGUACACGAGAUCAGGCAAGAUGUCCAUCGCGGGCGCUUUCGCUGAUCUUCGGAAGUCUGCGCAAAGGCUAUACAUCAACAAUGUUGAAGACAAGGGAAGGCAAGAAACUAUGGACAUGCUCUUAGGCCGAAUGAUUGGGCAGACUCCUGUCCAUCUGUAUGACCCGAUCAACGACUGGGUCGUUGCUGAGCUUGGCAAGCGGUCGGCUGAAUUCACCAGAAGUGAGAAGAUCAACAUCUGGUGCGGCACGUUCAAUUUGAAUGGAAAGACUCACGGCAUUGACGAGGAUUUAUCCAUCUGGUUGUGUCCAAAGGUCGAACAAGCUUAUCGCUGCCCUGAGAUUGUGGCAGUGGCUUUUCAAGAGAUUGUCAACCUGGAUGUACAACAGAUCAUGUCCACCGACCCGCAUCGACGAACCGUCUGGGAAGAGUCGGUACGGAAGACGCUGAAUGCGAAUGCGCAGAAGUACAGAGGCGAGGACUACGUCUUGCUUAGGGGUGGUCAACUCGUAGGUGCUUCGUUGUCAAUCUUCGUUCGAGCCAGCGUUCUGCCAAUGAUCAAGAACGUCGAAGGUGCUGUGAAGAAGACAGGCUUAAGCGGCAUGGCUGGUAACAAGGGCGCGGUGGCGAUACGUAUGGAGGUCGCCGACACUUCUGUAUGUUUCGUGACAGCACAUCUCGCGGCUGGCUUCGCCAACUACGAAGAGCGGAACCAAGACUAUCGGACGAUCUCGAGCGGCUUGCGUUUUCAACGGAACAGGUCAAUCGAAGACCACAAGUCUAUAAUGUGGUUCGGUGACUUCAACUACCGUAUUGGCAUGGACAACGAUCGUGUGCGGCAAUACAUCAAGCAGCGUGACCUGACUACUCUCUACGAGAACGAUCAGCUCAACAUCCAGAUGGUGCACGGACGGACAUUUCCUCACUACUCGGAGCAGAUACCCACGUUCUUGCCCACCUACAAGUUCAAUCUGGGCACUGAUGACUACGACACAUCAGACAAGGCUCGAAUACCUGCUUGGUGCGAUCGGAUCCUGACCCGUGGUGACAACUUGCGCCAGCUAUACUACGACUCUGCGCCACUUCGAUUUUCCGACCACAGACCUGUGUAUGGUGUGUUCCAAUGCACAAUUAGCGUUGUCGACCAAGCUGUGAAGGACAAGAUCAGCCACGAGUUGCACGCUAGGCGCAGGACUGCUGUUGGAAGCCACACAGCUAAUCAGGUAGCAGAAAGCGAUGACGAAUCAUUGUACGGAUAUGAUUCUGUGGAGCCUGGUCUGCCACCUGCAAGCUCGGACAAGAGGAAAUGGUGGCUCGACAACGGCAUGCCUGCCAGAUCUACUGUACAGCCGCCAAAUGCUGGACACGUUCCUAACCCUGCGAGGCCGUCUAACCCGUGGACACCAAUAGGCGAACCUGACUGGGUCAAAGUCGAGAAGCCAAGCGCACCUCCAUCGAGAACGGCGUCUCUGUACAGCACAUCAUCUGCACAGAGUCGCAAUCAGGGCGAGCCAAUACCUCGGAAACUGCCUCCACCAUACAAGUCAUCGGAUCGCGGUGCGCCGACGACCCAAACCACCAGCCACGAUGGGUCAUUAGAUGAUGAGAAGGCUCGAAUACACCUCAAGCAGACUUUACGCAAGCCAGCACCACCAAAGCCCAACAAACCGAACCUGCUACGUUCGGAGAGUAAUCAGUCCUCAGCAUCCACAAAGAGUCCGCCUCCUCCACCGACAGCCAGAAGGACAGGCACCACCACAAAUAUAGCCGCUAAAACUGUGCUCCCACCACCCGUCGAGCCGAGAAGGACAGGUACGCCGUCUACCAUCUCAAGGACAGUGAUGGCGCCUCCUCCGCCACGAGCGAACGGCACUGUGGAAAGGAAGCUUAACAGUCCAGCUCCUGCUCCUCCUCCGCCUAGGAAGCCGGUGGGAAGUAGAGAAGACAGCGGGCCUGCACUUCCACCUCGAAGAGCUACGACAGAUUUGAUGAAUGAAGCUGGUGAUGAGGAAUUGAAGGAUUGGGUACCACUCAAGCCGCAGUAG